CUGCCUGGAAUCGAACUCGGAAUCUUGGGAUUUGGUUAUGAAAACUUCAUCAGAUUCUCCUAAACGUGCCGCAAUGGCCCAUCGUUCGACGAUGACCAAAGUGGUAUGGAUUUGUACUUGUUUCCACUCACCAGUUUAACUACCACGCCUACUGUUAUCGUCCACCGGCAUCUUCACGCCACUUCAACCAACAAACCUGUAGCUGACGUUGCCAUUACUUAAGUGAUAAUUUCUUUUCUGGAUGCAAGCAAAAAUCAAAUCAAAUCGAAGGUUAUUAAGAAAAAAAAAAAUCAAAAAUUUAUUACACACACACACACACACACACACACACACACAUCACUGUUUAAUCAUGAAAUGGUAUAAAUAGAUAAAUAAAAUAAAGACAUAGACAAAAAUAAAAAAAAAUAAAAGGCUAAACAUUUUAAGUUCGAAAAAUUGGAAGACUCGAUUUAGCAGACGACACGUAAAGAAUAAAAAAAAAUCUGAAAGUGUUAACCUAUUUAAAAAGAAUAUGGAGAAUAUGUCUGAGACUACGAUGGAAAUUCAACAGACUUGGGAUAUAUUAAUGAAAAUUUCACCAGUGAAGCUAUGGAGGGAGGAAUAUUCAGUAACAGUGUAGAAAAACAAGAGAGGCAUUCCUCUUAAUCUGCUUUUUCAGCUGAUUAACAAUUGCAAAACGGACGGUUGUUGUUAUAAUCGUUGCUAUAAUGCUAACGGAUUGUAAAUUCUCUUCUUUGUGAUAUUCAGUGGAAAUUUUUACCAAAAAUAAACUUUUAUUACACAUAUCAAACUAAGAAAGAAAGGAAAAAAAGAACCUGAUUAAAGAUCAAGGAUAACUUGAGAAAUAAUUUAGGAGACGACUGUUCGGUGAAAAAAAGGAUUUUAUAUCAGAGCAGCAAAUGAAUGUUUGGCAAUUGAAGAGAAUAAGAGUUACAGCAACGGAACUGUUUAUAUUUACUGGCAUUAUAUACAUUGGCUGUAGCUUUUGUCUGUGUCGUUAUAGCUGUAAAAACUCUAGCCACUGUAGUUACAUACAGGAGUGAGUGUAAUAUCUACAUGCAACUAAUCUAUAAUUUUAUCUGUGUUCUCUGUUUGAUCAGAUAUUUUUCUAUCGUAGAAGAUCAGUGAAUGCAAUUAUUGCAAAGUGUUACAUUUUUAAUAAACGUGAAUCUUAACGCAUCCUCGCCGCUGUGGUCAAAGUAAACAUUUGCAGCAGCGGAACUGUUUAUAGGUGAAAAUGGACCCGUUGUAUACAGCGGACAUGACGGUGAUGCCGUUCACCUGCGAGGACUGCAAUACUGUAUUUAUGAACAGAGAUGCAUACGCUAUGCAUGUGAUGAUACGCGCUAAAGAAAAAUCGUGCCGAUCCGAAUCCCGUGUUGCAGUCACCGGAAGCAAUGGUGGAAAUGGUCGAGCAGAUAUUGAGUCCAACAUAGGCAACACAAACGACAUCAAAUCUUCCACACUUGCUCUUCAUUCCACAACGACGAAAGAAACAUUGAGUUUUGUCGACCAAGGUGAUAUGUCGAUAUCGGAAAUAGAGAACUGCAUUAAAGAAGUCAAACAAGAAGUCUUGUCAAAUGAUGGCUCUACUACAGGAAGUCCAGUUCCUCUGACACCAAAAUUAGUUGUCGUGAAAACCGAACCGGAAACAAACAACAGAGAUUGUUCUUUAAUGGAUUCAAUGAGUAACAACGGUGUAAUAUCUCGAAGGUCUGCCACUGACCACCAAAAUGUCAGCUGUACCGACACCAGCAUUGUCAAAGAACAAUCACCUUCUUUGAUGAAUUCCUCAACAAACCUAAUCAGCUCACAUCAUGUUAUCUGUUUGAUGUGUGAUUCUCAGUUUGCAGACCAAGAUUCGUUGGCCAUGCAUAUGAUGUCAUAUCAUGCAGAAAGUGCAUCAAGUAGCAGGUCACAACAUGCUUAUCACGAAUCGGCAAAUGACUGUUCCCAUGCAUCAUCUAUUCAACAUUUCGAUUUUCCGUCACAUGCCCUCUACCAGUCGACGCGCAGGAGCGCCGCACGGUUGCGAUGCGACGAAUGCGGCGCAGCGUUCGAAAACGAAGAUUUUCUAACUUUACAUUUGAUAUCUCACAGACGUGGCGUUCAGGCGCUACAUAAUACUGCCAUAUUUAACGAUCCCUCCAGGAUUUAUAGUCAAAUGCUUGAGAGCAAACGAAAGCGUCAGCUUCAACAUGGAAGCGACACUGGAGAGACCCCAUGUCCGUUACCAAUAAAAAAGAAUUCCCUCCAUAUAGAACCUCGAUUGUCGGACUCAUAUCAUACUGUAUCGUUUGACAAGCAUUCCAAGAGCAGCUCUCUGAAAAAUUACUUUAGUAAAUAUAACACAGUCUAUAAAUCUCAUGUAUUUCAUAAUGAAUCCCCGGGUAGUGAAAAACUAAAUAUGAUACAGAAGCAAGUUGGCACCUCUUCAAAUAAUUCAGUACAAGAGAAGCCUAAGUGUUGGAAGGAAGAUCAGUUACGGUACAUAUCUUCCUUCGGUGCUAAAAGUGUCAACAGAAGUCAAAGUGUGCCAAACGAUUUUACCUCUGAGAAUUCUAUAACAUCGCGACCUCAUUCCGUAGGUUUUAUCGAAAAGUCCGAUUACCAAAGUAAACCAACGUUUUUAAAGAAUUUCCACUAUUACGAUUCUUUAUACGACAGAAAUGUUCUUGCGAAGAACAAAGAAGCACAUAAAAAGCAUGGUAAAUUGUUUGACCAUCAAGACAAUAUAUACAGAGGCCGAAAUAUUGGCGAGGGAAAUAGCUCGAAAGAUAGGGCUUUCUUGUUUUACGACAGCUGGUCAAAGGAGAAGAGAACAGACAAAGCAAACUGUUCUACAGCAAUGUCUUCGAAAACAGCCAUCCAUAAUUCGGUUCCGGUGAAUGAGUUAGAAAGCCAGCAAGGUAAACAAGAACAGUUUGUGAGUUCGUCUAACGGCAGCGAGUCAUCAUUUAGUAGUAGCUACUCCGAUAUUUUACACGAAUUGAAGAACAAAGCGGAACAGGUAGCUAUGUGCAAACACUGUGAUGUGAUAUUUCUUAACAGAAUACUUUAUCAUUUACACAUGGGAUUGCACAAUGUCAACAAUCCUUGGCAGUGCAACAUUUGUGGCAAAGUCUGCAACGACGUGCACAAUUUCACCACACACGCCAUACAUUUUUAAAGGUCAGGAAACGAGGGAUAUGUGAGCACCAACGAGGAAGUCUCUGCACGUUCUGUUGGUCUCUUAGGAUCCUAGAAAUGGCUGGCAAAUCUCCCUCAAAUAACACCCUACGUACGGUCGUACAAAAAGAAAAAGAAAAGAGAAAGAAAAAGUAUAUACGAGCCCGUGAAGAGAACUCUUUUGGCCUGUUAGAAAUAGCAGAGAAAUCUUCCUCAAAUUUCACUUGCAACCAAAUAAGAAAGAAAAAGAAAAGGAAAAACAAAUGAGUCAUUAUAUGAGUUUCUACAUGGUCAUUCGACUUGUUAAAAAUAGCAGCCAAAUCUCCACCUUACAUUAUUUAGAAAGAAAAAAUGAAGGGUGUACUGGAUAAUGUAAUGUCAGAUAAACUGAUAAACUAUAUCUGAAAAGAGUGGGUGGUCACGGUUGGACUGACUGUCUUUGGUUAUAAGUAUAUCUCAGCAGGGAUAACAUGGGGCUAAACAGCAAAGACUUAUUAGUUACACUGGCUGAACAUAAAAGACGGGAUGGUCAAAUCUGGAACUCCUUCGAGCAUUAGUUUGCCGAAGUCAGGACUAACCUAGAGCCAAACAAUAACAGGAAACAGUUUUGAAACAAAAGAGGCUGCAAGAUGAAGGGUGAAAAAUCAUCCAUGUCUCCAUCCAUCUACCCUGGAUGCAGUAAAAUAUACGUAUCUCUGAUAGUACAGCAGUUCUAUGUAAUUCUACACAUGUAUAUUGAGGUUUUACUACUCCAUAGAACGAGACAUCGAUCUAUACAGAGACACACAAGUAAGGCCUCUACGUGGUCACUCGAUCUGCUAGAAAUAGUGGCUAAGUCUCCUCCACAUUACACCCAACAGUCUUUUUUUUUUCUCAACAAAACAGAAAGGAUAUAUGGGACAAUGUCACGACAGGAACGUUGUUGAUCAUAAACCCCGUUCUAUCAGAGCUGACCUGUAAAAACUGU